GGUGACUUGAGCUGCCUGUUUGAUUGCUCAGCACGCGCUUGCAUAUAGCACCCUGAGGAACCAAGUGUUGGCGGAUCUGGGUUUGGUUGACAACGACCACUCCUCCUACUUUGUUCAUUCUACUGCUCCAACAGGUCCAGCAAAAGAGCUCCCUCGCUAUGAAGUCACCGAUCCCCGACUACUUGAAUGCCUUGCUGGAGAAGGCCCGGCCAAUCGAAGAUGGCAUGCCGGCUCAGUAUAUCAAGACGCUGGCCAAUGCAGACACAUCUAAGCUAGCCGUGGCACUCGUCAUGGCAGAUGGCAAUGUUUACUCAGCUGGUGACGACAAAGUGGAGUUCUCCAUUCAGUCGAUCUCAAAAGCCUUUGUCUAUGCGAUCGCAAUCGAAGAUGCCGGGCUGGACCGUGUUCUGGAAAAGAUUGGUGUAGAGCCAUCCGGCGAUGCCUUCAACAAGUUGUCUCUCCACAAAGGCAACAAUCGGCCGAUGAACCCCAUGAUCAAUGCCGGUGCUAUUGCGGCUCAUUCACUUGUGGUCAAUCCUAACGCCACAGCCGAGGAGAGAACCGACCGCAUCCUCAAGACCAUGUCUAGGCUGGCCGGGCGACAGCUUCAUGUGGACGAGGAGGUGUACCAGGCCGAGCUUGAGGAUGCCGACCGCAAUAUGGGAAUUGGCUACAUGCUCAAGGCGGCUGGCGUUAUAUCGUGCAAACCAGACGAGGCUGUCAAGGGCUACAUCCGUCAGUGCUCCAUCAAUGUCAACGUCCGCGAUUUAGCCAUGAUGGCGGCAACCCUCAGCAACGCCGGUGUCAAUCCCGCCACAGGUGAAGCCAUCAUACCAGUGGACAGUGUCCGCCAGGUGCUUUCGGUCAUGACCACAUGCGGAAUGUACGAUGGUGCUGGUGAUUGGGUGUCCCGAGUUGGCAUUCCAGCCAAGAGCGGUGUCGCUGGCGGAAUCAUUGGUGCCCUGCCGGGACAGGUUGGCAUCGCCGCCUUCUCACCCAAACUGAAUGACCGUGGGAAUAGUGUACGCGCGGUGGCAAUAUUUGAACAGUUAUCACGCGACAUGGGUUUCCACAUGAUGGACGUCAGCCAGAUCGCCAGAGCUAGUGUGAGUACCUCGGUGGCAAAAAUUGUCGCUGGGAAAGAAGACCCUCACCACCGUAAUUGCGAUCGAAGCGUGGUCAUCUUUGCUCUCCGAGGUGCGGUCCGCUUUGCUGGCUCUGAGCGCCUCACGCGCGCAAUUGUGCGUGAGCUCGGCGAUCCCAAUCCCAAGGAUCCAGGUUCUGGAAAGCACCAGGACGCUUGUGCUAUCGUGAUUUCACUCCGCGACGCAUUUUCUCUCAAUGCCGUUGCCCGCAGGGUCAUCCAUGAGAGUAUAAUACGUCUACUGGCCGAAGAAAAGAAUGUCGUGGUGAUUGAUCCCAACGACGUCUUGAAAAUGGAUCUGGGCAAGCUUCCCACGUCUCAGCACCCUCAUAUUGUUCAAAAUGAAAAGGAGGCAAGAGAAUAUAUUGGAGGAAUAGGUUGUUCGGCCGUCAUUCAAUCUGACAAUUGGUAGGAUAUUCAUGGCUAUCAGUUGAAUCCAGAUCUACGUUCGUAC